AUGGCAUGGGAUGCGAGGGGAAACUUGCGACCAGGUCUUGGAGAUGACCUGGACUGGCUGGAGGACUCCGGAGGGACACCUGGCGCAGACUGGUUCCCAAUGGAGGAGGAUGCGGAGGAGGAUGAAGAGGAAGAUCAUGAGGAGGUCCUUCGGGAGCGCAUGCCCAUUGAGCUGGAGCCAGAUCACAAGGGCACUGAGAUCCGCCUAGAGGGCAUCAAGACCAUGCAAGGCUGCGCCACGCUGCAAGUGGAACUGCUUCACUUGCAGCUGGCUUGCUUUGACUGUCGGUCAGCUGCCAAGGUCUACCUGUCCGGAGCUGAUGAAGAUGCUGCUGAUGCCAAGCUUUGGUGUGAUGGCUGCUCCGGGCUGAUCUCAGCCAGAUUGCGGCCAACACUGCUGCACCCGUCCAGCUCGCGGCUUUGCUACGUCGACUGCGUCCGCUGCCGGGUCGUCGAUGUACUGCCAUCAGUGCUGAUGAGUGUUUGUGAUUCUCGGUAUGCCUUUCGCGCGGAGUCCAUCCGCAUAGAAGAAAUCACACCUUGUGAUCCUGGCGGCAAAUCGACUGGCAGCAAGAAGUCCGCGGAGGGCGACCCCAUGGACGAGCUGGCAGAGGAGUUGAGGUAUCUCCGCAAGAAGGCGAAGUCUGACCCGAGACAGCAGCUGAUCAAGCUUGGCAGUCCUCUUCCGCAGAUGGGUGCGUGCCGGCACUUCAAGAAAUCCUACAAGUGGUAUCGCUUUGCCUGCUGUGGGCGUGCCUUCCCCUGUCCGCAGUGCCACGCGGACUCGGGCUGUCCCGCGGCCGGGCUGGGCGCGCAAGCCAGUCGCAUGAUCUGCGGUAAAUGCUCGAUGGAGCAGAGCUAUUCGCCUGCCCGGCCUUGCGAGAAGUGCGGCUUUGCAAUGAUAGCCAAGGGCAGCGCCCACUGGGAUGAUGGAGGUGGCACUCGCAGCAUCACUGCAAUGUCCACAAAAGACUCCAAGAAGUUCAAAGGUGGACUGCGUCAGGCGAAUUCAAAGACCAAGACGUCCUCUUCCAAGGCAGAAAGGGUCGGA